GGGUGGUCUAUCAUUGACCGCCUUUUCGUCCUGAAUGGGACAUUCUUUAUCGUUACUGACGAUCCAGAUCGGUUCCCAGCCAUCCGUAUGAUAGUGUCGUCUGGUUAUGAGGUGCACAACGGCGCCGAAGAGGUAGCCAAGCGAGAACCAACCGAUAAGGACAUGCAAAUCAUCAGUACGAAACGUGCUAAAACUUUGUUUCGGCGAUAUGCCAAUCGCCUUGAUGGUGUCACGUUCUUAAACAAUGAUCCGCCCCAAUUCAUCCAACACUACUAUCACUUUUCUGCGGAACUUUUCUUCGGGCUCUGGCGGACAUACUCGUCCCUCGACACCCGUAUCACAGAAGAUGGAAUAACGUCGCUACCUGCUCCGCGACGUUUCAUUUUUACAAAGACCAACGAAUGGCGGGACUAUGCGAACAUGAACCAAUACUUGGUCGAAGGUGCCUUUCCCUCGAUGACCAUAGAAGGCGCAUAUGAUUGGGAAGACCGCAGUAAUAUACACAAACCAUACGUCUUCGACCGAGUUGUUUUGGCGGACCGUGGCGCAGCAAUGAGGGGUGUCGAAUUCGUCGCGACAGAGAGAACAGCUUCAGAAGCAUUCGCAUUCCCAAGCAGCCGUCCAUGGUGGUCGCCAGUACGCUCCAAUGUCGUAGAGUUCGCGGGACUGAACCGAAGUGCCGGGGCCGGCACGUUGGGGAAGCCUGUCAUAACGUAUAUUUCUCGUCAGGAUUGGGGGCGGCGCAUGUUACUGCCCGAAGCUCAUGAUAGUCUGGUUGCUGCCUUGAAGGGUUUAGAAGAAGAGUAUGGUUAUGAAGUCAACAUCGUGUCUAUGGACAAGUUGGACCGUCACGAACAAAUCCGCCUCGCUGGACGCACAACGAUUAUGUGUGGUGUUCACGGCAACGGUUUGACAUCAUUGCUUUGGAUGAAUCCCACGCCUCGAGCCACCGUUAUUGAGUUCUUCUAUCCAGGUGGUUUCGCUUACGAUUAUGAGUGGACUGCCCGUGCUCUUGGGGUGAUCCAUUAUGGCUUCUGGGGGAAUAGGUCAUUUACGAGUCCCAAGUUACCACCGGUUGGCUAUCCCGAAGGAUUCCAAGGCAACGAGAUACCACUCGAUGGCCAGAAAGUUGCAGAACUUAUACGCUAUCGACUGGAAUUGGAGGAGGAAGCGGAUGAUUAG